AUGAGGCCCUUCACUCCUGGCUUCAACGAGCUUUUCAAGAUGUCCAGGCGUCUGGCGAGCGCCGCUUUGGCAGCUCCCGCCUGGCAGAUGUGGCAUGGAAGGCGACGCAAUGCUGCAUGCCAGGGCCCAUUCGCAUUCCGCUUCAAGCAAGAUACGGAGCACCUGCUCCGCCAGAACAAAGUACACAUGGAGCCUGAGCUCCUCGAUUUGCGUCAGAAAGUCCAGGAUUUGGUGAACCAUGUGGACCAGCUGGCCUGCGAAGAUGGGGCAAAGAUCCCCGAUGCACAGGAGUUCUCGGACGUGAGGCGUGCUUACAUGAAAUUCAUUCAGGCGCUGAAAGCUGUGAACGACAGCGUGUUGGGUUCCAAGCCACUUUCCUCAACCUGUGGCUGGGCACCGGUGCUUCUGCGAUGGAGGUACUACGUGUGCAGCCUAUUUUCUUGGGGCCUGUUGACAGAAGAUGCGGUGCAGGAGGCGGGAGCCUUGCUGCGCAGCGCGGGCGUACAGGGCCUGGUGGACCCAUUGGCGGGCAGUGGGUGGCAUGCCCGGCUUUGGCAUGAGGUCGCCCGACUGGACACCGUGGCCUUGGACUCCUACUCGGUGAGGCCUGUAGCCUGGCAUCAAGUGCUCGUGGUCACCGAUUCCAGGACCGCAGAGUGGGGUUUGCCUGCGGGGACCGAUCUCUCCAGUUGGGCGCUGCUGCUUAGCUGGCCCCCGCACAGUCCUGAGACAGUGGGUCUGGAUUUGCUGCUGGCCUGGGGCGGCAACUUUCUGGUUUACGUGGGCGAGAAGGCAGAUGAUGAUGACAUGGGUCUUACGGGAGGUCGCGCUUUGCUUGAAGCGCUGGAGCGAGACUGGGAGCCGGUCCAGUGCUGGAGCAUCCCCUGUUGGUCGGCCGCCCAGCCCAGUCUGCAGCGUGAAGAAGGCCCGGCUUUGCAGAUCUUAUGA